AUGCCAGGAACGCCGCGCAGGCCGCGUUCUUCCCCAGGAAGGACGCGAAGGUCUAUAUCGAACAAGGAAAACGAACCGCUGCCACCUCCCGAGUCGCCAGGGGUCAUGGUCACCAAAGAGAAGAGGGCAUCCCGCGUCACCAGCAGAUUCUCCGUGCUCAAGGUGCUGGGGACCACUGAGUCGGAGAUAUCUCCAUGCCAGGACAAGGCCAACGACAUCGCCAAGAAGAGAAGAACUUCUCGUGUGAGCUUCGGAAACAUCCAAACAACCAUCUUCCAGAAGGACUCUGAGUUCGGCAACAACUCUCCUUCCCCUGGCUCCUCCGGGAAAGCAUCACAGCCUACUAACCUCUCCACUCUCCCUGACGACACCGUCUUCGGCUCACCUGCCGUGUCGGUUGCUGGCAGCGAAGCCAUGGAGAUCACUGGCACAGUGCUGCAGCCGCUCCCUUCCCUGCCCAACAUGUCGGAUCAGGACGAUGGCAGCUUUGCUUCCUUUGGGGAUGGCACGCAAGAGCAACCUCAGUUCGGUCAGCCGGUCUCCCUGUCGGACUUGGUUGAGGAGGAUGAACGUUGCUGGGAGAAUCAAAGCAGGCAGAAGAAGCCAUCAGGCCAGCUCGAGUUCAUGAAGGACAGGCCUGCAGCUGAGGACAAGAACGCUGACCUGACCGACCAUGACCUGACUGCAGACAUUCCUGACCCUGGUAACCGGACCCGAGCUCUUGCGGAUCACACCGGCGCGUUCAUGAGCGGAAACACUGGUGUCUUCCGUGAUCAGACGUGCAUGGGUAUGGAGAUCACAGCAGCUUACGGAGGCAUCGUCUCUCAACGCCCCGAGCCCUCCAUGAACAACGACGUCACCUGCACUGAAGGCAUGGAGUUCACUAACGCAUACGGCGGGAUCGUCGCUGCCAACGCCAUGCAGGACAAGCCAGUGGAGAGCCGCCAGUCUGCCAUCAGCGAGGAGAUCAGCGGGACCCUCUCGAAGCUGCGCGAGGCUGAGAUGGCAGAUCAUGAUGAUGGAGAGGAGGAAGAGCCGCAUGAUGCCGUGGCGAUGGAGAUGACGGGGACCUUCGGGAAGAUCCUGAGCGCCAUCAGCACUAACCCAGCAGACGAGGAGGAGGAGGCGACUGACUCUCAAGGAGCGGAGGUGUGGGGCAACAAGACCUUCACAGACGGGGAGGUGACGAUGUUCACUCCUCUCUCCCGCAUCAAAUCCCUCGGCACUCGUCGGGCGUCUCGCUCCAGCAUGGCCCCAGAAGCCCGCGAGCUCGUGUCUCAGUACGGGAAGAUGGAACAAGACAACGUGGCUGGUGAUGUAGCAGAGAACGGCAGGAGGAUGAGCGUGAGACCCAAGGACAGCGGUAUCACGCUCGACUCGUUCCUCGACGAGAUCGGGAUCCGCUUCCUCACCAAUGCCAAGGCCUCGAAGCGCAAGUCGUCAGUCUGCCCGCCCCUCCGGCUGGUGCCAGGAGAGAUGACGGAGGUUGACAAGCUCAACGAGGUGCUGGUGAGCGAGACGGAGCUGGGGCAGCUCCGGAACAACAGCUCGAGGCUUCGAUCUAUGUACGAGAAGCUCAAGGAGGACAUGGUGGAGCUGGAGGAGGCGAUCAACCGACACAACCCUGAAUGCUUCGCGCUGCCGUUCGGGGAGGAUCAAGAGGUGACGAUGAACUUUCAAAAGCAAAUGAAGCUGCUCAAGAAGUUCUGCCGCGCCAAGGCUGAGAGCCGCUGGAUGGAGUGGCGGGAGAGUGCGCAGCAGCAAGUCGAGGACGCCUUGCAGCGGGUGAAGGAUGCGGUGCUGGAGGACGGAGCCAUGAUCGAUCAGAAGAUGGUCGAGCUCGCCGAGGAGCGAGUCCGCGUGCUGCAGGAGAAAUCUUCCAUCGCCACAGAGGGUCUUCGAGCUCAGCUGACGAGCAUGGCGGAGGCUGAGGCUGAGCAGAGCUUCGUGGUCGGUGCCUUCCGUAAGCAGGUUGAGGACCUCGAGAGCCAGCGGCAGCAGCUGGAGGAAACCAUCGAGAGCAUCAAGGAGGAGGCGGCCAAGGUCAGCGUGAACCCCAACGACUCCAUGCUGGUCGAGCUCGAGGGCAUCGGGGAGGAGGACGUGGCCAGGCUGAGCCUCGAGCAUGCUGCCACCCAGGGCCUCGUUCCAUGGCGCCUCCUCCGCACGAGCACGGGGGGGCUCACCCUGCAGCUGGAGGGCGGCUGGACUCUCAACGUUCAGCUGGGCAAGUCGGGGGUGGUCAGCUCCGUGCAGCUCGACCGCCAGGAGCCGCCGACUGAGUUCGAGCGAGCGUUGAUGGAGCAGGCGGACCUGCACGGCCUGCUGAGGAGCUGCAGGAAGGCGAGCGAGCUGGGGGAUGUGCUGCAGGAGUUGUCCUUCCGCAUCGGACGGGUCGUGACGCUCAGCCAGGAGCUCGACAAGCUCUCGCGCAUGUGCUUCGUGCAGAGGAGGGUGGACGGCGAUGGGGCUCCGGAGCUCUUCACCACCGUCGCUAACCCCGAGCUGGGCUACAAGCUGGGCCUUACGUGGAAGAUGUCGUGGCACUACCCUGCUGGGAGGAUGCCGCUCUCCAUGGAAGUCCUGUCGGGUAGCGCCGAUGAAGAGCAGAUCCUGGAUGUCACGAGCAGGCACAGCUGCGGCCCCCUCCGCCUGACGAGGAUCCUGCGAGAACUAUCAGGGAGCGGCUGA